AUGACAGGCGACAGCGAGACAAAGGCAGGUGACCAAGCCGAAAAUGAGAGCUCUACCCGGGAGCCUUUCCUCAUUGGUGUGGCUGGAGGGACAGCCAGCGGCAAGUCGUCGGUGUGCAGCAAGAUCAUGGAGCUGCUGGGGCAGAACGAGAUCGACCACCACCAGCGGCAAGUGGCCAUCCUCAGCCAGGACUGCUUCUACAGGGUCCUCACCCCAGAGCAGAAGGCCAAGGCGCUCAAGGGCCAGUUCAACUUCGACCACCCAGAUGCGUUUGACAACGACCUCAUAAUCGCAACUCUGUGGGACAUCAAGGAGGGGAAAACGGUUCACAUCCCUGUUUAUGACUUUGUCUCCCAUUCCAGGAAAGAGGAGACCGUGACGGUGUACCCAGCCGAUGUGGUGCUGUUCGAAGGCAUCCUGAUGUUUUAUUCUCAGGAGAUCCGAGACCUUUUCCAGAUGAAGCUGUUCGUGGACACCGAUGCAGAUACGCGUCUGUCCCGACGAGUGCUGCGUGAUAUAAGUGAACGUGGACGGGACUUGGAAAGCGUUCUGGCGCAGUACAUUACUUUCGUCAAGCCUGCGUUUGAGGAGUUUUGUCUGCCGACGAAGAAAUACGCUGAUGUGAUCAUUCCGAGAGGAGCUGACAACCUUGUGGCGAUAAACCUCAUCGUUCAACACAUCCAGGAUAUUCUGACCGGAGGUCUGACCAAGCGGCUGAACGGCUGGUUUCAUGGUUACGGAACAACGAAGAAGCAGCCCAACAUGGAGUCCAGCAGUCGGCCUCACUGA